UCUCAUCUUCAGUUUCUGCAGAACUUGCCGUUACUUGCGGAAUGAAAAAUUAUUGUUUUUGUGUUGAAUUUGUUGAUAAAUUUUUUUCUGUUAUUGUGAUAAUUUCGCUGAACUUUUUCGUUCCUUGUUCGUGCAGGACCCUGGCACCCUGCUGCUAGUAAAAUUGCCGAGGCCUGUGUUGUGCGUGGAUUUGUUGUGACUGGCGCGUGAAAACGACCCACGUCAUUUCCCUUUUCAUUGCACCGCCGCAAGGCACCGCACUACUCUGCCGAUCGUCGAAACGAUCCGUCCACACUUGCGUGGCUCUCAUUCUACUACGUGCCUGACGUUCCGAAUAUCUCCUUAUUUAUGGGAUUUCUGUGAGAGAAAUCUACCGUCCUGAUCACCGCACAUUCCCCAAAAUGAGGCUCCGCAGCGUCUUGCUGCUGAUGCUUAUAUCGCAAUUAUCCCUGUUCAUCAAUGCCGAGAACGCCAUCAAGCUAAAAUCCGUCACGGCCAGUCUCUACACGAAAUGGCACGAGACCCCGCUGCUGGUGGAAGCCAGUGAGUUUUUCUACGACGAGAGCCCGACGCUCUUCUGGAAAUUCUUGGAGCACUUGCAUCUGCAUGUGGGCACGGCACCGAUCGUCAGCGACAAGGAACAGUAUGAUAUCGCCGUGGAAAUCGGGGAAGUGCUGCUGUCGCCUGUCCGCCAGAACUUUCUCCUCUUCGCCCUGGCGCUGCGCUACUAUUCGGCGCGCAUUGAGAUGUACCGACAGAUUGUCGAUUCGGAGAAUAUCGUGCGGGACUGCGCGGAUGUCGUCGUGGAUUUCGGGAAUGGGAAACGCGCGUGUGGACUGGAAGAGCUGCAGUGGAAUUUGGUGGGAUUCCGCCAGCAACAACCCGCCAACAGGCCUCUUCUCAUGUCCAUCGACCAUCAUUUCUCACCGCCCCGCCCCACCGAUGCCACCAUCAUCGUUUACGGCAACAUCCUAAUCCCUUCCUUCUACCAGACGCACUCGUUUCUCGAAUCCCAGCCGGAUAUCCAUUACGUAUUCCGCCACUACCUCCCUCCGAAUCCUCACCCAUCCCGCGUCCGCAUUCCCGGCUACGGCGUCGAGCUGGCCAUCAAAUCCACGGAAUACAAAGCACAGGAUGAUAGUAAAAUACAGGAAGGCGACGCCGCUUCCACCGCCGAUCUGAGCUCCGAUGAGGAGCUGGACGCCGACAUUGAAGGUUUUGAUUUCGGGAUGUUGAAGAACCGGCUCCCGUUGAAAAAGGAUCAGCUGGAGCAGUUCAAAUCGUAUCUGCUGCACAGCUCCGACACGGAGCUGACAGCGUUGAAAGCCUGGCAGUUUCAGGAUAUGAGCUACCAGGCUGCGGAAAAAGUUCUCAAAGUGGCUAAAACGCACUCCGGCAGCGCGACAGAUGCCCUGAAGACGCUACGGGAUUUGAGCCAGAACUUCCCGACGCAGGCGCCGACCCUCCUGCGCAUCCCGGUGCGCGAGGAAGUCAAGGGGGAGAUUGCGGAAUCGGGAGUUUUUGCGCAUUAUCUCAACGUCGAAGCCGGCGGUUCGGCGUUCCUGAUUAACGGCGUCUCGUACGAGACGGAUUUGUUGGAUGCAUAUACGUUGUUUGAUAGCCUACGCGAGGAGAAUAAAUUGUUGGAGCGGUUGCACGAUCUGGGCAUCCGGGGUCCGGAUUUGUCCGCCAUCUUGGAGAUGGAUUUCCGGCCGUCGAGUAGCGCCAAGUACGGAGUAGAUUUCCGGCAUCCGGCGAUGAAUUUUGUCAAUGAUCUAGAGAAGGAUGCACGAUACUCGGAAUGGUCGGCCAGCGUGCGCGAUCUUAUUCGCCACACGUUUCCACCAACGCUGCUGAAAGCGAUUAAAAAGAAUUUUUAUAAUCUGAUUUACGUAAUGGAUCCCGGGACGCCGGAGAAGAACGGUGAGAUUCUCCGGUUACUGGAAUCAUUUUACGUCCAUAAACUUCCGAUUCGUAUGGGCUUGGUCUUUGUUACGAAUCCCGAUGCCAGUGUACACGGGAAGACGGAUGCUUCGCUGGCCGUGUACAAUGCUUUUAAAUACGUUGAAGAGAAGAAAUCAGCCUAUGGAGCGUUGUCGUAUCUGACGGAUUUGUACCAGAAAUUGUCGACCGUUGAAAAACUGACACCGGAAGCGGUUAUCGCUCACUUCGCUGGUAAAUACCCGAAAGAGAGCGCCGAUAUGGUAUUCGGGGAGAAAUCGCCGUAUGAAGAUGGCCGCAACGAUGGACGAGCGUUUGUGGAUAAACUAAAUCUGGGAGUCCUUCCGGUGGCGUUGUUGAACGGCGUUCCGUUGGAUCGAUCGAAGCUGAAUAUGGAGGAGUUUGAAAAUGAGGUGCUGGUGGAGAUUGUCAAUGUAUAUUCCGUGCUGCAGCGCGAUGUGUCGUCAGGUGAGCUGACGGAUUUCUCCGAUGUCGUGGCGCAUAUCAUGGGCAAACCGCAUGUUGUUCCGCGAUUGAAUCCGCAAAUUUUAAAUCCAACAGCGUAUAAUGUACUGGAGUUUGGUGGGAAAAGUUUGGAUGCGUUGAAUUAUACGUUUCAAGCGUUCCAGCACCUUCUCCCCGCUGAUCGGACUGCGACAAUGGCUGCCGCUUCGUUUUACCUGGUUAAGCACGAAGAUGAAGGUCCGUACCCGGUGACCAUGUGGGUGGCUGCAGAUCCGGAAACGUCUGCCGGUCGGGAUCUGUUCUACACCGCCGUGAAACAGAGUAAAACCAGCAACAACCUCCGUGUGGCCUUUAUCUUCAACCCGGGGAAUGUGCAGUUCGACGGGUCAAGCCACCUGAUCACCAAAGCCAUCCAAGUGGCGAUGGAAACGCAGACGGUUAAUAUGGCACGGAAUUUCGUUACCAAAUUGCUCAAGGAGGAGAACGUUGCCGAACUGCUUGCAGGCAUGAAAACGCUGCAGGAUUUCGAAGUAAAUGGCAUGGAUAUGGCGGCAUUUAAUUCCGGAUUGAAGGAAUUAUCGUUGGACUUUUUGAAGAUCCACAGCCUGUACGCUCAGCAGCAAUUCAGUCUCAAACCGGGCGAAUCUGGCGUUGUCGCUAACGGGUAUAUCAUAGCUCCCGUGACUGAUGAUUUCGGCGCCGAUGAUUUCCAGUUGUUGGAGAAGUUCACCGGGACGUACGGUGCGACGAAGCUGUCGACGGAACUCAACCGACUGCAUGUUUUCGCCUCGGCUGAGCAGGUUUCCGAUGUGGUCAUGAUGACGUCCGCUGUUCUGAGUGGAUUAGGGAACACGGAGGAGGCGAAGAAGCGUCUGAAAGUGUUGUACAGCGAAACAGAGCAUUCCGUAGUGAAUAUCGACGCCCGCAAUCCCGAUCGACCGGCGUUUGACAUAACCUUUAUUGCCGAUCCACUUUCCAAGGAAGCACAGAAAGUCACUCCGCUCCUGAUGGUCCUGCACGAAACGCUCAACUGUCGCAUCCGCAUCUUCUUCAACUGCCGUGAUAAACUGUCGGAACUGCCGCUGAAGAGUUUCUACCGCUUAAUUGUCGAGUCCAAACUGACGUUCUCGACGAACGGCUCCAUUGCGGCGGGUUAUGCUGUGGCGCGCUUCCCCGCUCUGCCCCAUACCGCGCUCUUAACGAUGAAUCUCCAGCCACCGGAUAACUGGCUGACGGAAGCCAAGUAUGCCGUGUACGAUCUGGACAAUAUUCGCUUGAAUGAAGUGGACGGACGCGGGGUGCACGGGGAGUUUGAGUUGGUGAAUCUGCUGCUGGAGGGUUCGGCCAAGGAUCAGAGUACAGAUCAGCCGCCCCGCGGGACGCAGUUCAUCCUGGGGACACCGUCCAGUCCGGGAAUGGUCGAUACGAUUGUCAUGGCGAAUUUGGGGUAUUUCCAGUUUAAGGCCAAUCCUGGAGCGUGGAUUAUGAAAUUACGAGAAGGCAGAUCGCGCGAUAUUUAUAAUUUCGCCACGACCGAAGGCACGGAAAAGGACGGCUCAGAUGCCGAACAAGUGCGUGUGGUCGUCAGUUCCUUCAGCACGAAAAUGCUGACCAUCAGCGUCCGCAAACGCAGCGGCAUGGAACGCGAAGACGUCCUAAGUGAGGCGGCCGCCAGCGCCGAUAAGAAAGCCGGCACCGGCAUCCUAGACUCCAUCUCCAGCUACUGGCACAGCGGGGAGGACGUGGCCACGGUCACCGCACCGGAGGACGAUGUCAUCAACAUCUUCUCCCUGGCCAGUGGGCAUCUGUAUGAGCGCUUCCUGCGGCUGAUGAUGUUAUCCGUUGUUAAGAACACCAAGACCCCGGUGAAGUUCUGGUUUUUGAAGAAUUAUCUGUCGCCGCAGUUUAAGGAAUUUCUCCCGUACAUGGCCAGUCAUUAUGGGUUCCAGUUUGAGUUGGUGGAGUAUAAAUGGCCGCGGUGGCUGCACCGGCAGUCGGAGAAGCAGCGGUUGAUUUGGGGCUAUAAGAUUUUGUUCCUGGAUGUGCUGUUCCCGUUGUCGGUGAAGAAAAUCAUCUUUGUGGAUGCCGAUCAGAUUGUCCGAGCCGACAUGAAAGAGCUGCGGGAUCUCGAUUUGCAGGGCGCUCCGUAUGGUUACACACCGUUCUGCGACAGUCGCACGGAAAUGGACGGUUUCCGCUUCUGGAAGUCCGGCUACUGGGCGACGCAUCUCGGCCACCGGAGGUACCACAUCUCCGCGCUGUACGUGGUGGAUCUGGUCAAAUUCCGCAAGAUCGCCGCCGGAGACCGCUUGCGAGCCCAGUACCAGGGCCUCUCCCAAGACCCCAACAGUCUGUCCAAUCUCGACCAAGAUUUGCCGAACAACAUGAUCUUCCAGGUGCCCAUCAAAUCCCUCCCGCAGGAAUGGCUGUGGUGCGAGACCUGGUGCGAUGAUCAGUCGAAAACCUGGGCCAAGACCAUCGAUCUGUGCAAUAAUCCCCUGACGAAGGAGCCGAAAUUGACCAGUGCCAUGCGGAUCAUCCCGGAAUGGAAGGGAUACGAUGACGAGAUUCGUGAGUUGCUGGAGCAGUUUUAUGCGGGGAAGGGCGGUGGUGUGGUGGGCGUGGUGGAGCCGCGGAUGGAGGAGAUGAAGGAGGAUGUGCAAGAAGAGGAGAACGAGAUUCCCAUACAUAAUACCGCACAUGGACAUGUUGAAUUGUGAAGUGAAGGGAAUCGUUGCAAUUAUAUUCCGGCAUAUUUCCGUUGGACGUUAAUAUAAUGAGAUUGGCACAUGUGAUACGGAGAUAUUGUGCCGACACGUUCAUUGUUUUGUUGCGCUUUUGGUUUUAUUUGUUUUUUAUUGGGAAAAUGUUGGAUUCAAAUGUGAAAAAAAAACUGUAGAAA